CUCUUGGAGCGGGGUGUGGCUGGGCACGGAUAUCAUAGGCGACAGGCACUUGCUAGGAUACUGCGGCGUGGAAGUUGCUCAGUACAGGAUGUUUGCAGGAUUUGGGAGCUCGCCCGUGACCAGGGGCAUCUUGGCGUCCACCCUCGUGGCGUCCGCUGUCCUUCAUGCGAGAGACCCGAACGGCAACCUCAACGUCACCCUCGGCGAGUAUGUUUGGCGGGUGCUGACCGAGGGUGAGAUUUGGCGACUUCUCUCCUGUCAUACUGUGUGCACCAGCAUGGGGCCGUUGUUAGCGAGCUCUCUGUCUCUUUACCGCCUCCGUGCGCUGGAACCCCUGCUCGGGUCGAAGAAAUUCGGGGCAUUCGCCGCAGUAACCUCUGCUCUAGCUCUGCCUUUCGAAGCCACCGCUGGGGUCUACUUCGGGACUGUCAGACUAACCCCCGGGCCCAUCCCACUGGUGUUCGCGUUGGUGGUGGUGUACUACGCCAUCGUGCCCCCGUCUAAGCCGCGGUAUUUCGGGGUCCUGGGUCUGGACUUCUCGGAUAAGGCGUUUACGUUUGUGGUGGCGGGGAUGUUAGCGUCGUGCGAGGGGUGGGAUUCCAUCGUCCCCGCCGUCUGCGGGGCGCUGGUGGGCGGGCUCUACCUCACGGAUACGAUGUCGAUCCAGGCGGUGCGCUUUCCCAACGUCGUCCACCGAUGUUUCUCUAGGUUAAGCCGGUCGUUUAUGUCAGGUCGAAGAGGAAGCUUCUUCCCCGGCGGUGCUGCCCCCCCGGCUGCGCGCGCCGCACGCAGGCCACCCCGCCCCGCCCAAGCCCUUCUAGACCCUGCGAGAGGGCGCGGCGGCGGCGGCGGUGGCCUUUUUUCUUUCUUCACACCAGUUCGACAGGGGUCGACAAGGUUGAGAAACGCGUCUUCCUCCCCCCCUCCCCCUCUUCCUCCUCAGCCACCGUCGGAGGAAGCCGUGGCGUCACUCAUGGGGAUGGGAUUCGACCGGGCCGCGGUGGUCCAGGCCUUGCAGCAGACGGGGAACGACUCGCACACCGCGGUGAAUAUGCUGGUGUCGAGGGGCGGUGGUAGAGGCCCCCCCCCUGGGUCCAACGACACGUGGGGGGGCGGAUCAGGGGCUACGACUUCAGCCUCCCCGGGUAGAGGAUCUGCGUAUUUGUCAGAGGCGCCGCACGAUCAUGCUAGCUAAGGGGGAUAGGGUCGGUGGUUUUUCCCGAACGCAAAGAAUGUGCGUCGCAAGGUUCGGCACGAAUGCAGCCCCCGACAACCGUUGCCGCAUCUUCUCUCGCUAGUUGGAGGGGGUGGGGGGGGGAUGCGUGCGAAACGUCGUCACGGAAGGCUACCAAAAGCGGGAGUGCCAGCUGUGCAUCACAUGCACUGGGCCAAAGUAGCCAGAGGGGUAAUGGGAAGCGAAUUGCUGACCGACUGUCGUAUGUAUACAUUAUUAUUGGUUCCGCGUUGGUAGGCAGCUCUCAGGUAGUACACUACUCUGUGCUCGCUUCUUUGUCGCUUAACGAGCGAGAUUCUUUACGUCUUUUUUGUACGAGGGUCACAAGCCUCCGUUCGUUUUGUUCGGGGACGGGGCGGUUGCAGGUAUACGUUUGAUCCGGGAGCGACUGAUGUUCCGUGUGUGUGAGAACAUGGCCAACCGCUUUAAAUCUUUUCGGUUUUAUGCUUCUCUACGUCGCCGAACGUGUAUGUGAAUAUCGAUGCUGAAUAUAGUUUUUGAAGAAUAUCAAGAAUUCGCAUGUUUAAAUCGAAGCACACCCACCGGAGGCU